UGUAAUAAGAGCGCAACUGGGGAAGGGUAAAACCUUAAGCCCUAAAACGGCAGAGUAUAAAAACUAAAUGAUGAAACAUUUCGUAAUUAUAGGCAAUACAUUUCUAAGUUUAAGUUGCAAUUAAGAUUAACGAUACGUGAAUAAAUUGACUGAAAGCAUGUAUAAUUGAAAUUGAAAUCAUCAGUUACAGUAACUGCAUGGUACCUAAGUUCAGGAAACGUGUUGGCGAAAGCACAAAAAUAAGUCAAAACUAUUAAGAUACAAAUUAUAAGAAAAACAUUUUUGAAUUCAUACUAAUGGGCGCCCGCAGGAAGUUUUUUCAGGGGGAUCAUUGCCAAGAGAUAACUUUCAUACUACUUGACCAAUUAUUUGUAGUCAAAACCAGGAGAAGUAACUCAAGCAGUAAUGGAUGCUAUCGACGUAGGCUAUCGUCAUUUUGAUUGUGCCCAUGUAUACGCCAACGAAAAAGAAGUUGGUGCCGCUCUGAAAAAGAAAAUGGAAGACGGUACUGUCACAAGAGGUGAUUUGUAUAUUACCAGCAAGCUUUGGAAUACCUACCAUAAGCCGGAUAUGGUCGAACCUGCUUUGAAAACUACUCUGCAGAAUUUAGGAUUAGAGUAUUUGGACUUGUAUCUCAUCCACUGGCCGUUUGCUCUCAAGGAAGGCGAUGAGCUGUUCCCAGUAGAUGCAGAAGGCAAAGCAAUUUUUAGCGACGCAGAUUACGUGGAUACUUGGAAAGCCAUGGAACAAGUUCAAAAGAAAGGGCUCACAAAAUCAAUUGGGGUGUCCAACUUUAAUAAGCGGCAACUAGAAAGACUUUUGGCAAAUUGUACAGUUCCACCAGUCACUAACCAGAUUGAAGUGCAUCCUUAUCUCAACCAAAAGAAGCUGAUUGAGUUUUGCAAGUCAAAAAAUAUUACUAUAACUGCUUACAGCCCGCUGGGUUCUCCAGACAGACCUUGGGCAAAACCUGGUGAUCCUCAGCUAUUGGAAGAUCCAAAAAUCAAGACUAUAGCGGAAAGGUAUGGAAAGACACCGGCACAGGUAAUACUGAAAUAUCAGGUACAAAGAGGCUGUAUAACAAUUCCAAAGUCAGUGAAUAAAAAGAGGAUCCAAGAAAAUUUUGAAAUUUGGGAUUUUGAAUUGUCACAGGACGAUAUGACUCUUCUUGAUUCAUUUGAUUGCAACGGGCGUAUUUGUCCAUAUACAGAGUGAGUAGUUUAUGCAUAUAUGUAUAUGUGUAAACAAAAAUGAAUUCAGCUUUGAAAUGCCCUAACGCAUAAGGAUCAUCCCUUUGCAAACGACGAGUACUGAGUGCGAAGGCCAAGCACCAGGAAUUGAUUUUUUUCUUCAUUGUUAUUUCAUAUAUUGUUGUGUUGUAAGGCGAUUUGAAUAAUAAACAGCUUGCUAACUUGA